GCGGAGCUUACGAGCUUCGGAAUACCCGCCGCGGGCACGGCGUGAUCCGCGGCUGGACAUGGCUUUCUUGGCCCGAUCCCUGGGUCGCCUGUGGGGCCCCGUCAGUAGGUCGGCGGCGCUACUGGGUGCCAGGUGGCUCCAGCCCCGGGUCUGGCUGGGGCUCCCCGACGCCUGGGGGCUCCCCGCCACGCAGCAGACCCGGGGCAAGGCGCGCGGGAACGAGUAUCAGCCGAGCAACAUCAAACGCAAGCACAAGCAUGGCUGGAUCCGGCGCUUGAGCACGCCGUCCGGCGUCCAGGUCAUCCUUCGCCGCAUGCACAAGGGCCGCAAGUCGCUGAGCCACUGAGGAGCGCGACGCUGCCGGCGGGACUCCAGUGAAAGCAUUUCCCUCGCCUCGGACCUCUCCUGCCGCUGUUUUUGUGGGGAGCAGGGACGACUCAGACAUGAGUGCUUCUCAAAUUGUGGGGUUGGCCCAGGGGGAGAAGUCUGGGGUUGGACUGAAAGGGGGUGUGGGAAGGCAGACCUUGCCAAGUCCCUUUUUACGCAUUUGAAUUAGGAAGAAUUUCGAACAUACGCCUGCGGUUCGCGGAACAGUACAGUGAAUCCCCGUGUGCCCAGCACACAGCUCUAACCACCAAUUACUAGCAACCCAGCCGCCCCUUCCUGUGUCAUUUGAAGCAAAGUUCAGGCAUUGGGUUAUUUCUUCCGUAAACAUUUCAGAAUGUAACUCUCCAAGAUAAGGGCUCUUUAAAACAUAAUCACAAAACUUUUCACGCCUAAAAAAGUAGUCGUCAAUUCCUUAAUAUCUUUAAAUGUCUUUAAUAUCGAAUAAAUGUUCAAAUGUCCACUUA